GCUAUCAUGCCCGGGACUGCUGGAGUAUGGUUCCGCAAAUGCCUGAGACUUCAUGACAACGAGGCUUUGGUAAAGGCAGCCACGUUCGAGAAGGUGGUUCCUUUCUUCAUCCUGGACCCACACUUUGCGGGCCACGUCGGUGUGAACAGGUUCAACUUUUUGCUGCAGAAUUUGCAGGACCUCGAUUCACAACUCCGUGAGCGCAGUAGUCGUCUUUUAGUCUUUCGAGGAAAACCUGAAGAGAUUCUGCCAAAGCUCUUCAAUGGAAAGGCCGAGGUUCAGUUGUCGCACGUAUUUUUCGAAAAAGAUACGGAGCCCUACGCGCAGCAACGAGACGCGGAAGUGCUGAGAAUGGCAGAGGAGCAUGGUGUGCAUGUCGACAGCUUCUCUGGUCACACUCUAUUGGACAUUGACGCAACUGUUGCCAAGCCUGGUUUCAAGCCACCGAUUUCCAUGAAAGCCAUGCAGAAUAUCAUGAAUGGAGCCGGUCCAAUACGCGUAGCGUUGGACAUCCCCAAGCUGCCUCCUCUGAAGUUGGAAGGAUUCGAGGUGCCAAAGAUCACAGAGAUCACUAGUGAAGAGCCGACCAGCACAGGAUUUCCAGGUGGUGAGCAAGAAGCACUGAAGCGAUUGCAUCGUGUUUGUGCAGAUGUUGACUAUGUUUGCAAGUUUGAGAAGCCGAAAACUGCAUCAACUGGACGUCCUGGGUGUCCAUGGGAACCAUCUACUACAGGCCUUUCGCCCUACCUGAAAUUCGGCUGCCUUUCCGUGAAAACCGCUUGGCAUGCCAUUGACCAGUGCAUCCGUGGCAAGAACCAUUCGCAGCCACCGCAGUCCCUGCAUGGGCAGAUUCUUUUUCGCGAAAUGUUCUAUCUCUUAGGAGCUGCAGUGCCAAACUUUGAUAAGAAUGAGGGGAAUCCAAUGUGCAAGCCGAUUUCUUGGGGAAGUGAUCCAAAACUUCUGGCUGCAUGGCAGGACGGUAGAACCGGCUACCCGUUUAUUGAUGCUUUGAUGCGACAGUUGAAGCAGACAGGCUUCAUGCACCACUUGGGGCGCCAUGCAGUGGCAUGUUUCCUAACGCGUGGUGAUUUGUGGCAAAAUUGGACCUGUGGUCGUGACGUGUUUGAUAAGUUGCUGCUGGAUUCUGACUGGGCUGUCAACAACGGCAACUGGCUGUGGCUUGCAGGUGUCGCGCCCUUCUCAGCGCCGUACUUCAGAAUCUACGACCCCUGUCCUGGCCCGAAGUCAAGCCUGAAUGCUGAGCAGACCGGGGAAUUUGUGAAGCAUUACGUGCCAGAACUCAAAGGGAUGCCAGCUCGAUAUCUGUACAAGCCGUGGACAGCACCACUGGCUGAACAAAAGAAGGCUCAGUGCAUCAUCGGCCAGGACUAUCCACAGCCCAUCGUAGAUCACAAAGACGCCCGGGAGGAGAAUUUGGCUCGCUUCAAAGCAUCUUUAGAUGGCAAGAUUCUUCCCGAGAAAUUUGGGGCGGCAACCAGUGAUCCUGGUCCUAUGCGCUCCAACUUCACAAAGGGCUCGAAGGGCAAAGGUAAACGAAUGGAGGAGCCCACAAAGACUGAGACUGAGGGUCGCAAGCAACGGCGCUGGGGCAAAGGCCCAAAGGAUGACACCAUUGCAGGUGGAUGAUUAAAGCGACUACGAGGCAAUUUCCCUGCAGAGGUGCAGCUGCCCGGCGGUUGCGAGCUGCAUUCAGUUUCGCUUGGUUGGGCCUUGGAAUCUCAGGCAGCCGAAUGACAAGACCGAUGCCACCGCCUGUGCCUCCAAGACAGGUAGGGCAACGAGCUUGGAAAGGCUCCCUUUGUGGUAGCUCAGUAGUGAGCCCUCAUGUUUUGCUGUGGAGAUGAUUGCAG